UUCUGUUUUUGAUUGUUGGUUUUGUUUUUCCCACAAAUGGACAAGUUACUGCGAAUCACAGUGAUAAUUUAGUCAAACCAGCAUAUGUUACAUUUAAUGAUGAAUCGGCAGCCAAAUAUCAGUAUCGAAUGUCCGGUGAUCCACGAUUGAUGUAUCCUUACACAGAAAGUGAUUAUGUUCGUGAAAUUAAUUCAAUGAAACAGUUUCAUGAUCAGCCAUUACCUUUUCGAUUGCCUUUUUUUGGUUUUGCUUAUCAUUACAUCUGGAUACACAAAGAUGGUUAUGUUUGUUUUAAUAGAGGUCUAAAAAGCUAUGAAUUUCCUGUGUCAUUUCCAGCUGUUCCAGAAGAUCCAGAACGCGAAGAAGAUCCAUCAAUGAUGGCCAUAUUUUUCGCUCAUCAAGAUAUACCAUCAUCGAUUCCUGAAUCUGGCUUAUAUCUACGAAUCGAAUUAGUCGACCAAAUAUCUAAUCCUGAUUAUAAACAAAUGAUACUAGAUAAUUUCAAAGGGGCAAUGGCUGGUUCAGGUGCUUUCACACCAAAAUUUGUCAUUAUUAUUACAUGGAAAAAUAUGACUUUCGCAAAUCGACGUUAUGAUCGACCAUUAAAAACGAAUACCUAUCAAAUGGUAAUUGGCACCGAUGAGAAAGAAACAUUUGUCUUUUUCAAUUAUGAAUGGAUAACUUGGAUAACUCAUCUUGAUAAUUAUGAUGGACUUAAUGGUCCUGCCGCUUAUGUUGGUUUUAAUGCUGGAAAUUCAACUCGUUCAUAUGAAUUUGCACCAUAUUCACAAAAUCCACGUAUAUCGCUAUUGCCACUAAUCGGUUAUGCUAACAAUAUUCCUGGCCGUGCCGUAUUUCAAGUUCAUGAUGUUCUCUUUCAAGGCUCAUGUGUGGAUAAAUCAUUGGAUCCAACACUUCCUGAUCGUAUGGGUUUAACAACAUCAGUAAAUUAUAUAAGCAGCCUUGGCGGUGAAUUGCUUGAAGUGACUGGACCUUGUUUUUGGCCAAACAGCCGAAUAACAUGCCGUUUUGAUUCAAUUUUGGUAAAAGGCCAUUAUGUAUCGACCAAUGUUGCCAUCUGUGUGACACCGUUGAUUAUGUUCGAAGGAUUCGUUGAUUUGAUUGUCACUGUUGAUGAUAAAACCUUUUUCUAUACCCGAAUGUAUAUCCAAUCCCCAGAAAGUCGUCGCGAAUUCGAUGUUUGGGUCGAACCCACGGAAUUAAUUGAAAAAAAUCCGGAUACAAUUGAUGAAGAACCUGAACAAAUAUUGACAAUAAGAUGGAAGACCGGCAUCGGUGAGGAGAAAGAUCCAAUUACUAUUGGCAUUUGGGCUUACCAGGAAUUAGAUCAAACUCUAUAUCCGAGAGUUUAUUGGAUUCUCGAUUUAACUCGUGAUGCGACAAAUAAUGGCGAAUAUAAUUUAAACCUCAAUCAACUACCUUCAUUUGAUCACUUAAAACGUUUUGAUUAUCAUUUUGGUUUUAUCGGGGUAAAUAUAACCGGAAAAGAAUUAUCAAUGACUGAAUGGAGCCAACCAAUGCCUCUUGGAUGGCUGCUACGACAUUAUUGGCGUCGUGAAUUUGGUCAAACUAAAUGGCAACGAAAUUUCUGCCAAAAAUGGUUCGAUCGUGAAGAUCAGAAUGAAUAUUUUGCUACCACAUUGUUUCGUUGUCCAUGUACUUUGGCUCAAGCUUUACACGACAAAGGCAGAUUCGCUCCGGAUGAACGAUGUAAUGUGGUUGAUAAGAAAUGUGAUCAACGACAUUUGGGUGCUCAACACUGUGUUCGUACAGCUCGACCAUCAAUUGGUGGAUCCGGACAACAAUGUUGCUAUGAUGAUUAUGGAGAAUUGAUUCGCAGUGCUGAUACUAUGUAUUCGGGUCGACCAUCACGUACAUUCAUAUAUGGAAAACAUCCGUUUAAGAUGCAAAUGCAGACGCCCACAUUGUCUUAUUGGCAACAUGAUGUAAUGCCUUUUUAUUAUUGCUGCAAAUGGGCGCCAAGAGAAGAUGAUAGCGAUACGUGCAUGAUGUUUAAUUAUUUUCGUACAACCCAGGAUUGCAGUUCAUAUCAGCCACCAGCCAUAGCAUCGAUUUUUGGAGAUCCUCACAUUAUUACUUUUGAUCGAGUAAAUUAUACAUUCAAUGGUCGAGGUGAAUAUUCUCUUGUUCAUACGAACAAUCCAAUACAUAAACUUGAUAUACAUGGACGUUUUGAACGAUUACCUGGCCAUGUAAAUGCUACUCAAUUAACUGCCGUAUCUGUACGGGAUAAUGUCUCAUCAAUCGUUGAAUUUCGUAUAAGACCGGAUGGCUGUCGUUGGUUUAACCAAAUAUUUAUUAUCGCUGACAAGGAAUAUCUUUACUAUUGGGAUGAUAAUAUGCGUACGAUACAUACGCGUGGCGUAAGCAUCUACCAACCUUCAGGCAUUCGUAACAUGUCACAUUUGAUUGCUAUAUUUGAUUCUGGUGCCGGUGUUGAAGUUUUGGUCAACGGUGCCGGAACUUUAACCUUGAACGUAUACUUACCGUUGACUUUUAUGAAUUCUACACAAGGCUUACUCGGUUAUUAUUCAAAUGAUCCGAAUGAUGAUUUCAUGUUGCCAAACGGUUGGAUAUUAACAAAUGAACAUGACAAAAGUAUCAAACAAAUUCAUGAGGAAUUCGGUGUCAAAUAUCGUCUUCUAGAAAUAGCUCAAGCCAACAUCUCCCAGUCGUUGUUUUUCCAUGAUGUGCUCACUCAUUCACAAUAUGAUGAUGUUAAAUUUCUUCCUCAGUUCGACAUAGAUCUACAGCAAUUAGAAGAUUUGAAUGAUGUUGACCGAAUUUGUUCGGAAUCAUUGGCAUGUCAAUUUGAUUAUCUAGCCACUGGUGAUAGUGGAUUUGCUGAAAAUACAAAAAAAGAAGAAGCGAUUGCCGAGAACAUGCAUUCAAUUAUUACCGAAUCAAUCAUUCGAUGUCCUGCAUUGGAUAAGCCAAUAAAUGGUCGUAAAAGUGAGAAUCGUUAUUGGCCCGGUACCAUUGUUCGAUUCAGCUGUUUAGAUGGAUAUCGUCUGCUUGGCUACGAAGUACGUCGAUGUCGUGAAGAUGGUCUAUGGAGUUGGGGCGUGGAUCCAUAUUGUAUGCCUGUCAUACAAUAUAAUAUCCAACUUUUAUUCACUUAUCUUGUUCCAAUUAUUGUUACAUUUUUGGCCAUAUAUAUGGCCAUAUUUUUCUUCAAACAUCGUCAACAACAAAAACUUAAAAUGGGCAAGUCUUCACAGAGGCGACAUUGGUUAUUAUCUCGGCUCAUGUCAAAUAUCACUACGAACUCGCAAUAUGGCGGAAGAUCAUCCUAUAUUACAGGUGAAAAUGUUGAUCAAUUGAUCGAUUCAAUCGAAACAACAAAUGAAUCACAUCCUGUCCGAAUCGCUGACACAAGUCUCGAUGACAAUGAUGUUGUCGUUGAUGACCAAAACGGCGAGGACGGUAUACCGGACUCCAAUGUACUAACAAAACCACCGCCUCUUCCAACUGUUCCACCACCGUCAAGAGAGCCCGAAAAAUCAUUCAAUCGUUUUGUUUUGCCAUUCGAUCGACAAAAUACGAUUAACGAUUCAGAUAAUUCAGAAAAAGCCAUUCUUGUUUGAAUGGCUAUUCUAUGUAUUUUCAAAAUAAAAUUACUCUAAAUUUUUCUUUUCCAAUUCAAAAUUUUUAAAUU